UUGCAUGCCAGUGAUUUCAAUACCCUACGGCAGACCGUGCUUCAGAAUGUUAAUCGCAGAAGGGUGAAGAUAUCAGGUUUCUUACAAGAAAGUCUGCAAGAAGCUAAUUCGUCUAUACGAGUCAAUAACAAUGGCAGAGUUUUAGCCUAUGGAUUCGAUAGACCAGGCAA